GCUUGUUAGAUCUGCAGUGUUACGGAAACUUGGGGGCUCGUGGCGUACGUCAAAAGAGUCUCUGGCAGACUGAACUGCGCGGCAAAAGACGGGGAAACAAACAAAAACAUGUGGUUGAGGAUGUGAAUAAACGGGUGAGGAUUGCCACACUCUUUGGGACUUGUGUGACUGACAGCAAAUAUGGGUUUGCACUCAGCCCAAAAGAAGCACUUCCCCCUUCGUGGGAUUGAUGGAGUGGUCCAAUUAUUUGAGUAUGAGCUCUCGAAGCCUGAGCCGGACCUGGCCCUUCUCUCUCUGGUCUUGGGUUUUGUAGAGCACUUCUUGGCUGUGAACAGAGUUAUUCCUAUAAAUGUACCUGGAGUUCGCUUUGAGCCCCUAGAGCCAGAUUGCCCCAGCUCGUGCUUCCCAACAGUGGAACUGGGAAUGAUCUCUGCCUUGUAUGAACGCUUCACUGCACAGAUCCGGGGAGCUGUGGACCUGUCUCAGUAUCGGAGGACUGCAGCUGGCUCCAGCAGAGAACUGGUGAAGAAAGUGUCAGACGUCAUCUGGAACAGUCUAAGUCGAUCAUACUUUAAAGAUAGGGCUCACAUUCAGUCCCUCUUCAGUCUUAUCACUGGUACCAAACUGGACAGCUCUGGGGUAGCAUUUGCAGUGGUUGCAGCGUGCCAGGUCCUAGGUCUGAAGGAUGUCCAUUUGGCCUUGUCUGAGGAUCAUGCAUGGGUGAUUUUUGGAAAGAACGGUGAGGAGACGGCAGAGGUGACAUGGCACGGAAAGGGAAACGAAGACCGAAGAGGGCAAACUGUAACAGCAGGAGUCAAUGAGAAGAGCUGGUUAUACUUAAAGGGCUCCUAUAUGAAAUGUGACCGAAACAUGGAGGUGGCCUUUAUGGUUUGUGCCAUUAAUCCUUCACUGGAUCUGCACACAGACAGCUCCGAACUGCUGCGACUACAACAGAAACUUCUCUGGCUGCUGUAUGAUAGAGGUGACUUAGACAGAUAUCCAAUGGCCAUGGGUACACUGGCAGACCUUGAAGACCAGGAUCCCAUCCCAGGAAAGGAGAACCCACUGAAUAUUCACCUUAAGGCUGUGAGUUCUUCCCAGAAGCACUAUAACAACGAGCACAUUUACCCGUACAUGUACUUGGCCGGGUUCCACUACAGACACAGGAAUGUACGCGAGGCUUUGAAGGCUUGGGCUGAAGCAGCCCAGGUUAUGCAGGACUAUAACUAUUUCCGUGAAGAUGAGGAGAUCUAUAAGGAGUUCUUUGACAUCGCCAAUGAUGUCAUCCCCAACCUGCUCAAGGAGACAGCAGCUGCAUCUGAGAGUGCCGGAGAGGGAGCUGAAGGAGGAGAAGGAGCAGACAAGGAGAAGCAGGAGACAGCCCUGCAGGACUCUGAAUGCUUUGCUCACCUGCUGCGGUUCUAUGAUGGAAUCUGUAAAUGGGAGGAGGGCAGCCCCACACCAGUCCUUCAUGUGGGCUGGGCCACCUACCUGGUGCAGAGUCUCAGCCGCUUUGAAGCUCAGGUGCGCCAGAAAGUGUCCAUCAUCACAAAAGAGCUGGAGUCCCAGGAUGAAGAUGACCAGUCCAGUGACAACCCUGGAGAGGGCCGCAGACGCAUCCCCAGAAGAGAGACAAAACUGGAUGAACCUGGAGCCUCCCCUCCGCCCGCUCCUCCCACCUCUCCCCCAGCCCCACCUUCUCAAACAGCCCAGCCCAAGAAGGUGGGAGAGGGAGGGGGUCGGCGGCGCUCCGGCGUCCGGUCAGGGGACAGUGAAGGAAAGCCCAAGUCCCCCAGCCCUGAGCCCGCUCUCUCACCCCCACCACAGCAGCAGCAGACACCCCCCACCUCCUCACCCGGGCCAGUGGUCAUAUUCCAGAGUGAGAAGAUGAAGGGCAUGAAGGAGCUGCUGUGUGCUGCCAAAGUGAACUCCAGCGCCAUCAAGCUGCAGCUCACUGCACAGUCCCAGGUCCAGAUGAAGAGACAGAAGAGCACCCCUCCAGGGGACUACUCCAUGUCCUUUUUGAAACGCCAGCGUAAAUCUCUGUAGACUUGUACUGUGAACUCUAGAAACGUCUGACACUGUUUCUCAAACUUUUAUCAGUGUUUUCAUCCAACAUUUCAGUCAAUAUUCUACUUUCAUUUUUGUUCCACAGUGGCCAGGGAUUAGUCUUCUUGGACAGCUGCCUCAUUUACUUGCUGUAGUAGUUAGUUGUAGUAGUUAGGGCUGCACAAUAUUAAACAUUUAAAAUAAUAAUUUUCUUUUUUUUUUUUUUUUAUAAUUUAUGCUUUUUGUUGAUGUUUAGUAAAUUUGUACCAUGCUAAAUUUAAACAUUCAAUCUUUUGUGGUAUUUAUAUGCUUUUAUACAUAUAGUUUGGCCUGAUUAAAUGAAUGAGUAUUAAAUAUUGAUGAAUACUUUGACUUUUUCAUAGUUAUGGGUUAAAAUGUAAUUUAAUACACAAGGUUUUCAUUGUGAGACUUGACAAUGUAGAACUUACUAUGAGCUCUAUUGUGCAGCCCUAGUAGUGGUAGUUUAUUUAAUUGGCAGCCAAUUGCACAUCUCUCAGUUUUUGUUCUAUUCCAUGUGUCGGAAGAAAAGUUGAAGUGAUGAGGACAGCCAGCAUUCUCCUGUCAGUUGUGUAAAUAUCAGUUUGUAAAGACAUGUGUGGACAACUGAAGCCUUGGAAGUGAUUGAUUUAGAUUAGUUACUGUGUAACAUUGUCCACUUCUGUUCUAUUGACAGCUUCUUUCUGCUAUAGCUCUAUGUUGCCUUACUUCACAUUUGUUAUUUUAUUAAGUAGGGGGCCUCUAGUUUUGACAAUUGCUAGAUUGGCCUGUUUCUAAUUACAAAGAGAAAAAUUGAAAGACCAUGCACUGUUGAAAAGAGGGCACAAUAGGUGGUCCUUCAAGACUUGCUCCAUGACUUGUUUUUGUAUCUGCAAGAAAUAAAGGUCUGAUUAAAUAACAUGC